AUGCCCGUCUCCAAACACGCCAGCGCCACCAUGAGGCGCGACAAGAACGCCUCAAAGAGCUGCCAGAAGCAGGCCGCCGGCGCGUGCAGCCCCGCCCCGCCCGCCGUUCCCGCUCGCGCCAUCCCCGCCCCAGCUCCCACCAAAGGCCUCAUCAGCAGCCCUUUGGCCGCCACCAAGGACAGGACCCUGGCGCGCUCCUCGUCCGGCCACGACGUCGGCGCGCACCGCAGCGCAGAGCAGGGGCUGCAGCAGGGCAGCACCACAGCCGCACUGCCACCCACCGCCCUGACCCUGCGCGCGUUCCGGCGCCGCAGCAGCGGCGGCAGCCGCCGCUCGGGCGGCCUGUCCCUUCCUUCCUCCGCCGGCUCCAGCUUUGCCCUGGGCCGCAGCUCCUCCUUCGACUGCGCCCUGCUCUGGCCCAUCGACGGCACUGUCGGCGGCAACGCCGGCACCGACGGCGGCGACGACAGCACGGGCGGCAGCGGCUCCUUCACCGCCUCGCGCGCCGCCAGCGCCGCCGCCAGGAUUCCCUCUUUCAGCCAGGAUUCCCUCAGCGGCAGCGGCACCACCUCCAGCAGCACCACCACCACUGACCGCUGUGCGCGCCUCAGCGGCUCCUUCACCCUUGUGGGCAGGGGCAGCCUGGGCCGCAGCCUCAGCAGCCUGCGGCGCCGCAGCUCGGCGUCGCUGCCCCGCAGCAGUUCCAUGGCGCCGCUGGGCAGCGGCGAGCAACAGGCGCCGGCUGUGCCGGCCCCCAGCCCUCCUGCCGCGUGCGUGGUGGAGCCCGUGGCCGCCUCUAUUGCUGACGGCGUGGCCGCCGCCUCGGGCCGCGGGUGUACCGACGGCGCCGUGCCCACGCCGGAGGCCCCACCGGCCGCCACCAACGGCGGCGACGACUGCCCGGAGGCGUCCCGCAGCGAUGGCACCGACGUGACAGAUGCCAGCAGCGGCCCCUGUGGCGCCGAGGGCCGCGCCGCCUGGCAGCCGACCAGCUUCCUGGGCAAGGCCGCGUAUUCGGGCGGCAUCGUGCUGACCACCGGCGUGGUGAUCGGGGCCCUGGCGGGGGUCGUCCUGGGCGGCGCUGCGGGAGUCAUUGCCCUGGGCGGCUGCCGCGCCACCGCCGGCUGGGUGCGCGCGGCAUGGCUGCGCGCAGAGUCGGGGUUUUACGGCCCCAAGUACAGGGAGAUGCAGGCCAUCGUGCGGGAGGCAGAGGAGAUGGACAGGCAGGAGCGCCAGCUGCUGGACGGCUGUGUGUGA